AUGGGACAGUCCGGGAUUCCCGAGGAGUACAUAGGGAACGCGAUAAGAUCGGAGACAUGGAGACCAGAGGCCCCGUUGUUGAGAAUAGUCAAAUCAUUCUCGGCACGGCAGAAUAUGAUCGAAGAAGCAAGGAACAUGGAGCUCCUCAAGCAGAGCCUCCAGACCAACCAUAAUAUCUCAAUACACGAUGCCAUCAUAGAACAGAUACAGGAAGAUGACACUGAAAUCGUGAGUAUCGUGUCACCGUACGCCAGUCUUGGUGACCUGGCACAAUUUCUCGCUGGUGGUUAUGGCAUCACCAGAGGCCAAUGGCGUCAGAUAUACAACGUGGCUGAACAAUUCCCUCGGGCCGCGGAUGCUCACCAACUGAAGAUGUCUCUGCUGGGACAGUCCAAGAAUCUAGCUUCGGCCUUGGAAUUUCUUCACAAUGGGUUCACAACUAGCGCGAAUGACUGGAAGAUCAAGUGCGCUCACCUGGACCUCAAGCCGUCAAAUAUCCUCAUCUUCGAACCAACCCAGAGAGACGAUGUGGUGGGAAAUUGGAAGCUUUGCGAUUUCGGAAUAUCGGUCUUCGGCGCUGAACGUCUGCAAGGCUCUCCGACAGUCGAGCUAGGCUCAGCUGGAGACUUUUUCAACAGGGUUGAAAACACCAUCAGGACGUCUCCAAGACGGAUCCCAGGCAGUUAUCAGGCCCCAGAAAUCGAACACUCAGACGACAGACGCAAUCCCGAUUUCGGCGCAAGGACCAGUGACAUCUGGUCAUUUGGGGCAAUAUUUGCAGAGGUCCUGGCGUACGCCGAAGGGGGCGCUUCAGGGGUGGAAAGAUUCAAGCAGGAGCGAAGGCGCCAGACAACCGUAAACGGCGAGCUGUGGCUCAACGACUUCUUCUACACCACCGUACCCGAGCAUAUGGGGGAAACUACUAUGCUCCCGUGUAUUCUGAGGAGGGAGGUCUCGCAGUGGUUGAAAAACUUCAUCUCCGAACACGAACCGGUUCAUCACCCCCCGGGCGUCUGUUUGAGAUGCUGGGCACAAUGCGUCCAGAGAAUAUUGGAGGUAAAUCCUCGCAAGCGGCCGUCUGCCACUACUCUUUAUGAAUGGGUCGCGGAUCUCCGCACACACGCCAACGAUACUAGUAUCGCGCACGUACAAUUCAGGGCCUCCGGUCCGCUGAGUCCUACUCUGGAAUUGGCAGAAAGGGACCAUGAGAAUGUUUUACUACCAUCGGAACCCCGAGUGGCCCCUGUGUUCAACCCAGAAGGAACAAGUCACCUCGUUAAACUACCACUGUCGUCCCACGAUGUUAUCGAUUAUGACUUGGACGGCAAAAGGUUGGCAUAUCUGACCAAGACGAGCAUCGAGCUAUUCCUCGUCGACAGCCAGAGACCGGAUCAUCAUGAAGUUGAGCAGCUGCAAAACGGUCACGGAUGGCGUGGGAUCAAAGUGGCAGAACCCUAUCUUGUUGUCUGGGGGUCAAAUCUAUCUCGUGCUCAAAAUUCGUCCAGAAAUAUGAACUUCAAUGCCACCAGGAGGGUGGCAGUGUCUAGGCAAGGCUUCAUUGCGGUGAUACACAACGACGAGAUACUGAUCCUCGACGCCAAUGACGAAUCCCUCAAGGAGUUAUCGAAAAUCAAGAUGGUGUGGCAAUAUCCUGUCGGCAAGUUUGUCGACAUCGUCUUUGACUCUUCGGGCUCAACACUGUACGCGUGGGGUAAUCAAGACCUCUACGGAGUCCUUUUCGCGUAUGAAUUCGAGGAAAUCGGCCAUGGCGUGGGUGAGGAGAUUUUUCGGGGAAAGUAUAAGAAUGCAUUCAGCGAACACAAAACUCUCAUAUUGCCGUUUGACAAGCGCCGCGAGUGCGCCGUCGCCGUUGGACCGACGCCAACCAGCUUCUUCCUGGGAACUAUUGACCAAUCUCGUCGGAGCAGCUCGACAACCUCGAGAACGAAUUCCUCCUCCACCGGCUCAGCAGAAAGGUUCACUCGUCAGAAGUUCUUGGAACAUCCAAACGGAUAUUACGCUUGGGCCGGCUGCACCAUCCGAGACUCGCUGCUCCUCAUCGGAGCCACAAGGAAAGGGAUCUGGCCAAAUCGGAAAGUUGGCAUUUCCGAGCAGUUUAUUGGCUCAGACGGCAGACUUCGCUCUCCGUCAAAGCCGCCAGAGCACCCUUCCCUAGAGACUAGAAGAGAAUGGUGGCCUCGACACAACCAGGACCUGAAUACGGAUGUGAAAGUCGGUGUGAUCCCAUCGGACGGCGCCGCUGACAAGCAUUCCGUUGUUGUGUAUUCCAAAAAGGGGGUCAUAGAAGUCCUGUCCUAG